AUGCCACAACCACUGCCCAGCAAAGAGCAGACGCUCUUCCGCUCGCUUGUCAAGUUUUACGAGGGCAAACAGUACAAAAAGGGCCUCAAAGCAGCCGAGCAAAUUCUGCGUAAACACCCCAAUCAUGGCGAUACACAGGCCAUGAAGGCUCUCAUCCUCAACUCACAGAACCAGGGAGAGGAGGCGUUCAACCUCUGCAAGCUGGCGCUGAAGAAUGACAUGAAGUCGCACAUCUGCUGGCAUGUCUACGGAUUGCUGUGGCGCUCGGUCAAGAAUUACGAAGAGGCCAUCAAGGCGUACAAGUUUGCCCUGCGCAUAGAGCCAAACUCGCUAAACAUCUUGCGCGACCUCGCCCUCCUCCAAUGCCAGAUUCGCGACUAUGAAGGCUACAUCGAGAGCAGGCGGAAGAUGAUGCAGGAGCGCCCGCAGCUACGCCAGAACUGGACAGCUCUGGCUGUUGCCUACCAUCUGGCCGGUAACUACGCCGAGGCAGAGAACAUUUUGAACACGUACGAGGGAACCCUCAAGCAGACACCUCCCAAAUCCGACCUCGAGCACUCCGAAGCGACCCUUUACAAGAACACUGUCAUCGCAGAAUCAGGAGAUGUAGAACGCGCGCUGAAGCAUUUGGAAGAGGUACUAAGGCAUAGCCUGGAUCGCACAUCUGCGUUGGAGCUGAGAGCCACGUAUUUGCUGCAGCUCGGACGAAAGGAAGAGGCCGAAAAGGCAUACCGAACGCUGCUGGAUAGGAACAGCGAGUACCGCGCAUAUUAUCAUGGCCUGGAGGAGGUUCUUGGCCUCAGUCAAUCAAACGAGGCUGAUGUCGAAAAGCUUACCGAACUCUAUAAAUCCUAUGCCGACAAGAACAAACGAAACGAUGCCGCCAGGCGUAUACCCUUGGAUUUUCUUAAAGGAGAUGCCUUCAGACAGGCGGCAGAUGAGUACUUGCGAGCGAAGCUGAACAAGGGAGUUUUCUCGACUUUCCCCAACAUCAAGGCUCUGUACCGAGACGCCGAGAAAAAGGCCAUUUUUGAGGAACUUGUGCUUGGCUACGCUUCCGAGAUGCAGGCCAAUGGCUCAGGCCACGCAGCUACAGAGAAUGCAACAUCUGAUCGGUUCCAGGAAGCCGUGCUGCAUUUUCUGGCCCAGCACUACGAUUACGUCAAGAGUCGCGAUUUGACCAAGGCCAUGCAAUACAUUGACCAGUUACUGGAAAAGGACCCGAAGGUGGUGGAAUACAACCUAACCAAGGCGCGAAUUUACAAGCAUACUGGAGACAUUCAAACGGCUGCGGAAUUUAUCAAUGCCGCAAGAGAGCUAGAAAAGGGGGAUCGGUACAUCAACACGAAGUGUGCCAAGUACCAGCUCCGAAAUAACCAGAACGAGCUUGCAUUGGAAACAAUGAGCAAAUUCACACGCAAUGAGACGGUUGGUGGGCCCCUUGGAGACCUACAUGACAUGCAAUGCAUGUGGUAUCUCAUCGAAGAUGGCGAGGCCUAUCUUCGACGAGAGAAAUACGGAUUGGCACUGAAACGCUUCACUGCGAUUGCUGAUAUCUUUGAUGUGUGGUAUGAGGAUCAAUUCGAUUUCCACAGCUUUUCACUACGGAAAGGUCAGAUUCGUGCAUACAUUGACAUGGUGAGAUGGGAGGAUCAUCUUCGCGACCACCCCUUCUUCACACGUGCUGCAGUUCAGGCCGUGAAGCUCUACCUCAGGUUGGCUGAUGAUCCUCGGUUGUCAAAUCCGAACCAGACUGAUCUCGAGAACAUGGACCCGACCGAACGGAAGAAGGCGGAGAAAAAAGCGAAGAAGGAAAAGGAGAAGGCCGAGAAGGCUGAAGCGGAGAGGAAGGCGGCUGCUGCGGCAAAGGCUACCGCAAAGGGAGAGGAUGGAGAGACGAAAAAGGAGGAUACUGAUCCGAACGGAGAGACGCUCCUACAGACCAAGGAGCCUCUAGAAGCUGCACUACGAUUCUUGCGACCCAUGCUUGAGCUCAGUCCGAAAUGUAUUGAAGCUCAAAACGUGGGUUUCGAGGUCUACCUCCGCAAGAAGAAGUACCUGCUUGCUGUCAAAUGCUUGGAAGCCGCCCGAAAGCUUGAUCCAGAGGACCCGAAGCUGCACGAACAAAGUGUGCGCUUCCGUCAGAUUCUGAGCCAACUCUCUGAGCCUCUUCCUUCGCAGGUCUCGCAAGUCAUCAAGGACACCUUUACUACACUUCCUACCGACGCCGAUCUAAAGGCAUAUAAUGACGAUUACAUCAACAAGCACUCUGACAGCGCACUGCACCUACACGCUGGUCUGAACACCCGCUAUAUCCUCGACAAUAGCAGCAAACCUCAAAACGAGAAGGACUUGCAGAAGACACUGGAUCUUCCAGAGAUCACGAUCGAACAGGCCGUAGCCGGACUAUCCCUACUCGCCGAGUGGAAGAGCGAGCAAAACGUCCAGGACGACUACCGAGCGAAGGCAGCAACUCGCUGGAGUGCAGCGACUGUGUUUAAAAAGGCUUAA